CCGGUUCUCUUUGCGGCCGCAGCUCGGCCGCUCGGCGGCUGUGUCCCGUCGCGGUGUUUGCCGCCUCGCGGAGCGGGCCGAGGCCGGCGCGGAACCGGAGCUGGAGGCUCUAGGCCAGACUAGGCCAGACCUGGUCGAGCCCCGGGGCAGCGCCACCCUCACACGGCCCGGCGGGCUCACCUGCCGGGUCCGACAAGGGGCGCGGGCUCCUUGUCGGGCGCCGACCUGCACCAGCUCUGCCAGGCCGGCGUUUACUGCAGUAGCAAAUGAGGGGUAGAGAGAAGAUGCCCAAGUUGCAGGGUUUUGAGUUCUGGAGCCGCACCCUGGGUGGGGCCCGACAUGUGGUGGCACCCAUGGUGGACCAGAGCGAGCUGGCUUGGAGAUUAUUGAGCCGCCGGCACGGGGCCCAGCUCUGCUACACCCCCAUGCUGCAUGCCCAGGUCUUCAUUCGAGAUGCUAACUACCGGAAAGAGAACCUGUAUUGUGAAGUGUGCCCUGAGGACCGGCCUCUCAUCGUGCAGUUUUGUGCCAAUGACCCAGAGGUAUUUGUCCAAGCGGCUCUCCUGGCGCAAGAUUACUGUGAUGCCAUCGACCUGAACCUGGGCUGCCCACAGAUGAUAGCCAAGAGGGGUCACUAUGGUGCCUUUCUGCAGGAGGAGUGGGACCUGCUCCAGAAAAUGAUUCUUUUGGCCAACGAGAGACUCUCCGUUCCUGUCACAUGCAAAAUUCGUGUCUUCCCAGAGAUUGACAAGACUGUGAGGUACGCCCAGAUGCUGGAGAAGGCUGGCUGUCAGCUGCUGACUGUGCAUGGGCGCACCAAGGAACAGAAGGGGCCCCUGUCAGGAACAGCCUCCUGGGAGCACAUCAAGGCAGUGCGGAAGGCUGUGGGCAUCCCUGUGUUUGCUAAUGGGAACAUCCGGUGCCUGCAGGACGUUGAGCAGUGCAUCCAGGAUACAGGAGUGCAGGGGGUCAUGAGUGCAGAGGGUAAUCUACACAACCCUGCCCUGUUCGAGGGCCGGAGCCCUGCUGUGUGGGAGCUGGCUGAGGAGUACUUGGACAUUGUACGGCAACACCCCUGCCCACUGUCCUACGUUAGGGCCCAUCUGUUCAAGCUGUGGCACCACACGCUGCAGGUGCACCAGCAGCUUCGAGAGGAGCUGGCCAAAGUGAAGACCCUGGAGGGCGUGGCUGCUGUGAGCCAGGCGCUAAAGCUGCGGUGUCAGGAGGACAUGUCCAGGCAGCAGGAAGGAAUGAAACCAACUGACAACCUGUCUGCUUUCCACUGGAUCUGCCAGCCCUACACUCGGCCAGGGCCUAGGGAAGGGAGCAAAGAGAAUAGUGGUGGCCGAAGCAAGCGGGCUCUAGAAGAAGAAGAAGGCAGCAUGGAAGGCUUGUCCAAGAAUAAACAGAAGAAACAGCUAAGGAGCCCUCAUAAGACUUUUGAUCCCUCCCUGAAACCCAAAUAUGCAAAGUGUGACCAGUGUGGAAAUCCAAAGGGCAACAGGUGUGUGUUUAAUCUGUGCCGUGGCUGCUGCAAGAAGCGAGCAUUUAGAGAAGCAGCAGAUUGCCCAGGUCACGGAUUGCUUUUUAAAACCAAAUUAGAGAAGUCUCUGGCCUGGAAAGGGACCCAGCCUGAGCCGCGAGAGCCUCAGCAGGUGGGGCCCGGAGCUCUGGCCUGAGCUGUAAGAGCCUCAGCAGGUGGGGCCCGGAGCACCCACCAGGCAGCUGCUCUCAAGUCAUGGGCAGUGCCCUGGCCUGAAGGCCAGCAAGAGCCGUGUCCAUCCCAGUACAGCUACUGAAGCCUGGACACUUCUGGAAAUGCUUCUACUCAGGGAAUCUCCUGUUAUGUGACACAGAAAGACAUGCUGGUGUCUUCCCCUGGCCCAGGGGCCUGGCAGUGUUGCACCAAGGGCAACCUUGGCUGGAUCUAGUCCUGUCCCCACAACUUGUUUACAGCAGUGAACAAUAAAGCAUUCAGAGAUGCAUGUGCA